GAAGUCAUAACCGUAAUACUACCUGACAUCGGCAUUUUGAUCGGACUCCGUGAAAGAGUUGAUUUUUAAAAUAAUUCUGUACUAGCAGUACCAUGAGUUCAAUAGGUACCGGAUAUGAUUUAUCUGCAUCUCAGUUUUCACCUGAUGGCCGUGUAUUUCAAGUGGAAUAUGCUCAGAAGGCUGUGGAAAAUAGUGGUACUGCUAUAGGACUAAGAGGUAAAGAUGGAAUUGUUUUUGCUGUUGAGAAACUUGUUACUUCGAAAUUAUAUGAAGCUGGAGCCAAUAAACGAAUCUUCACGAUCGAUCGGCAUAUUGGUGUUGCAGUAGCUGGUCUUCUUGCAGAUGCUCGACAAAUUGUGGAAACUGCAAAAUAUGAAGCAUCAAAUUAUCAGGCCGAUUACAACGAUGCAAUACCUCUGAAAUAUUUAAAGGAUCGUGUGGCCAUGUACAUGCAUGCUUACACACUGUACAGUUCCUAUCGUCCAUUUGGUGCCAGUGUUAUUAUGGGUGCUUAUGAAUUCGAUGGUCCUCAGAUGUAUUGUAUCGAUCCGUCCGGCAUAUCAUGGGGAUAUUUUGGAUGUGCUGUUGGAAAAGCGAAACAAGCUGCUAAAACGGAAAUGGAAAAACUUGAACUGAAAAAUAUGACAUGUGAAGAAUUGGUAAAAGAGGCUGCAAAAAUUAUAUACAUAGUACAUGAUGAAGUAAAAGAUAAAAAUUUUGAACUUGAAUUAAGUUGGGUUGGAGAGAUUACCAAGGGAAAACACACGUUUGUACCUCAAAAUGUAUUCCAAGAAGCUGAAAGUCAUGCAAAAGCAGCUGUUAAAGAUGAUUCUGAUGAUGAAGAAAUGUGAAUAUUAAUUCAUCUUAGUGCACUUCAUUUUGACUCAUAAUAAUUUAUAACAAGUUAUGUUAUUAACAUGAUAAGUUUUGUAAUAAUAAUCGCAAAUAUUUUUUAUA